UCUGACAUCUGACAUCUGACACGAGUGCAGAAAGUGUAAACAAGAGGAAACUGAUCUGUAUCUUGUUGUUUGCUCGAUUUCUCUUCGUACGAUUAACAAAACACGUUAAAUUUUACGGCAAUUGAAGCCGUUUUCAUGCGUUUCUUAUUGAAAUAAUGAAACGUCGAUAGCAACUGCUCAACGAAAUAAUGCUCGUGAUAGCCAGGAUAAUAACAACGUAACCUCUCUUUCUACUUGUAUUUCUCUUCAACGCCGAAUCUGCAAAUUUGAGAUUGCAUUUCGAUGUUUUCUUUCCGGUCGUCGAUUCUUUUCCGCCGCAUUUUUUACGAUACGAUGAUCACGCAAGUAUUAUGUGCGGCGAUUACAUGUGUGGAGAAUUCCAAGCUGUUUUGAGGAGCUCUUUAGCAAAAGGAUACCGGGAAGGAUGCCUGGGAGCUGCGCGAGUCUGAUUAGAUUAAUCAGACGACGUGUCGUUCUUGGACUCAUUUUUGCUCUAUCACUGACGUAUUGUGCCUUUUCGUUAUUUCGAAAUGAAAAGAGAGAUUCAUUAAUUUUAAACAGUAAUCUUGAUGAUAUGAAUCUUAUGAUGCUGAAUGAUAAUAAUGAAGAUCUGAUGCCCGACGAUAACAUGCUUCCAGAAGAGCUAAGAGUGCCCAGUAAACCUUUGUCAUGGCAAAUGGAAAUAUCUGAUCGAGCGGACAAUACAGGAAAUAUGGAUAUGAUUAAAUAUGGAUAUGAUAAUUUAAAUGAGAACAAUGCUUCUACUCAACCCUGUCGCAAUUCGAUUCAAGGAAAAGGUUUGAUAGUAGAUGAACAUGGCAUAGUAUGUUCAAGAUACGAAGUUCUAUCAAAUGGAUGUUGUACAAUGGAGCAGAAACAGGCUCCAAAGAAUAAAGAGACUUCGUCUAUAGUCAAAAGAAAGAGAUACAGCUGCGAAACGUGCAAUUCUCUAGGAUGUUGUACUAUUUAUGAAUAUUGCGUCUCUUGUUGCCUGGAUCCUGAUAAGCAAAUCUUACAAAUGAGAGGCCGAAAGUUAGGGUCUGCAAGAAUGCAAAAAGACGGAGGGAGGCUGCGUAUACGUAAUCAGGAUCGCUUUCAGAUUUGCUUGGCCGUCUGUCGCACUUCGAGUUUAAGCGUGCAACACGAAAACACUUAUAAGGAUCCCCUCGCGAAGCAUUGUUACGUUCCCCAGCCGUUGAAUUCUCAGCGACACCGCCGCAAUUUUAAUUCAUUAAAUAAUAACGGCGAUAGCCCCGCCGUUGUCAUUACUUCUUCUUCUGUAGUGUUACUUACCCAUCUUUCUCUUCCUGAAUAUUAUACCGUAUAUUGUUUACUAAAUGAAUCUUAUGUUAAUCCCUUUCCUUCCAUAUUAUUUAUAUCGAAACUAUAUUAA